GGUCAAGUUUUUUUUCUGAUCGAAUUCCAUUAUCAUUAUCAUCAUGUUGAACACCUGAAUUUUUGUUUUUGCGUAAAAAUUCUUGAAAAUAUUUUUUUUGAAUUAAGAAUUUGUUCAGGUGUGUUGUUUGUACUCAGGUGUGUUGUUAUAGUUUGUUUCAAAAGUUGUUUCAUCAUGUGAUAAUGUGAUUUUUUUCGAAUGGCAAUCAUUUUUGUCAUCAUUAUCAAUUUGAAAUCUGUUCCAACAACAAAAUCGAAAUAAAAAUGGGCAAUGUUCCCGCAUCAUUAGAAUUACCGGAAAAUCGUCAUCAUCGUUAUAGAACCGGAAUAAUGAAAAUAUUGAUAAAAUAUUUAUUAAUUUAUUAUGUGAUUUCAUCAUUAUUAUCAUCAUCAACAUGUAUACAUGCAUAUAGUGAUACUGUUUAUUUUGAAGUGAAAGAAAAUUCACCCGCACAAACAUAUGUUGGUCGGAUACCAACAAAAAAUGGUUUCCAUUAUCAUUUCAAUGAUGAUUCACCAAUUGAAUUUCAUUUAGAUUCGGAAACUGGUGUUUUAGUUACAACCGAUGUACCAUUAGAUCGUGAAUCAAUUUCUCAAUAUAAUUUUGUUAUUUUAUCAUCAUCACCAACAUAUCCUAUACAGGUUAAAAUUCGUGUCCUCGAUGUUAAUGAUAAUUGGCCAAUAUGGCCCGAUUAUAUUAAUACAAAUUUAACAUUUAGUGAAUCAGCACCAAUCGGUACACGUAUUAUUCUGGAUAAUCCAUUCGAUCCAGAUGAAGGUGAUUUACAAUUUACAAUCAAUCUUAUCAAUGAUAAUAGUGAUGAUAGUGAUGAUGGUUCAACAACAAAUAAUAUUACUAAUUAUGAUAAUGACGAUGGUGAUAUAGAUUUAUCACCAUUUAAACUCAAUUAUAAUGCAUCAACAAAAUUUUUAUAUUUAGAAGUUUCUGAUAAACUUGAUCGUGAAUUACGUAACAAUUAUCUUCUGAAUAUUACAGCCUAUGAUAAUGGUGAUGGUGAUGGUGAUCAACAACAACAACAACAUUAUAGUUCAGCAAUAUUUUCCAUACAAAUUUUGGAUUCAAAUGAUAAUCCACCAAUAUUUGAUCAUAGUGAUUAUCAAGUAUCAAUCAAUGAUUCAAUUGGUAAAGAUGCAUCAAUAUUACAAGUACAUGCAACAGAUGCUGACCAGGAACAAAAUGAUAAUAGUCGUAUUAGUUAUUAUCUUCAUUCAAAUAUUUUAAAUGAUUUUCAAAUUGAUUCGAAAACUGGUAUCAUUUCUACUGUUAAUGAUGGACCUAUUCAAUGUGGUCGUAAUUCAUAUCAUCCAGAACAAAAUUUAAAAACAAAAUCAUCAACAAACAAUGUUAUUGAUUAUAACGAAGAUAAUAUUGAUGAUGAUAGCCGUAUAUGUGUAUUUACCGUAUUUGCCCAUGAUCAUGGUCAACCACGUCAAGAUGGUCGUACAUAUGUUACGGCUCGUAUUAUUUCAACUAAUAAUCAUGCACCGAUAAUAAAAUUUCGUUAUUUUUCCAAAUCCGUGAAUGCAAAUGUAGCGGAAAAUGCCCAAAAUGGUAGUGUUGUUGCUGCAAUUUCGGUUAUUGAUUAUGAUCGUGGUCGUAAUGGACAAACAUGGUUAGAAAUUGUUGAUGGUAAUCAAUUGGGUCAUUUUCGUUUAGAAUCAUUGGGUAAUUCACAUAUAAUCAAAGUAAAUAGCCAAUUAGAUCGUGAACAUAUUGCUCGAUAUAAUCUUACAAUUAUGGCACAUGAUAAUGGACAACCAUCUAAAUAUUCAACAGAUAAUCUGAUUAUAGUGGUUCAAGAUCAUAAUGAUCAUGGUCCUAAAUUUGAUAAAGAUAUUUAUGAAGCAACAAUUGUGGAAAGUCAAUAUCAAAUUGGUCAAUUUGUACAGAUUAUACAUGCAACCGAUGAAGAUGUUGGUAUUAAUGCACAAAUAUCAUAUUCAAUUUCAGGUCCUGAUUCACAUUAUUUUCAUUGUGAUCAAUCAACCGGUUUGAUUACAACCGAUAAACAAAUUGAUCGUGAACAAAUUGAUUCAUUCGAACUAAGAAUUACAGCACGUGAUGGUGCAAGUAAUCCAAAAUGGGCACAUUCAUUAUUACGUGUUAAAGUUUUAGAUCAAAAUGAUUGCCGACCUGAAAUCCGUUUACCAUCCGGUUAUUAUUUCAAUGAACAAAAUAAUCAAUAUGAAGUGGAUUUACCGGAAAAUCAAAAAUUAAAUUUAGAUUUAAUUAUCGAUGAUCAAGAUCUUGGUCCAAAUGGUACUGUUGAUAUCAAAUUACUUUAUGAUUACAAUGGAUUGUUUCAAAUUGAUUCCAAACAACAACGAUUAAUAUCAACCAAAGAAUUUGAUUUUGAACAACCAAUCGUUUGUAAUAAUAAUCGUAAUUAUCGAUUAAUAUUAUUAGCACGUGAUAAUGGACCUGAACCACUAUGGUCAUUACUGACAAUCAUUGUAAACAUACAAAAUGUUGAUGAUCAAUUACCUGAAUUGUAUCCAAAACAAUAUUAUUCAUUUAUACCGAUACAUGCAAUCAGUAUGCUAAAUUAUUCGGUUAUUCUACAAAAACUUCAGAUUCGUUCAAAUGAUUUUCAAAUUCCCCUAAGUUAUCGUAUUCACGAUGAUGAUGAUGAUGAUGAUUUUGUUCGACAAUUUUUCCAUGUUAAUAAUCAGGGAGAAAUGCGUUUCAAAAAUAAUGCCAAUAUUCGUUCAUUACGUAAUAAUAGACUAAAAAAUCAUUUUUCAUUCAAUAUUGAUUGUAUUGGUUGUGCUUAUGGUCAUAAUCAAACUCGUAUGAAUAUAUUUUUGAUUGAUAAUAAUAAUAAUAAUAAUAAUAAUACUGAUUUUAUCAAUCAUCCUAAUCAACGACAAUCAUAUCAUUUUGAAGUACAGGAAAAUGUUCCAAUAGGAACGAUUGUCGGUGAGCUUAACGAUAUAAAUCUGGAUCGAUAUCAACUGUAUAUAAUUAAAGGUGAUUUGGAUGAACAUUUUCGUUUAGAAUCAAAAACAUUGAAAACAAAUAAAAUUAUUGAUCAUGAAUAUCGUUCGCAUUAUAAACUUCAACUGAUUGCAAUACGUUUUGAUCAUUUUUUCUAUGUUGAUUUAAAUAUUACCAUAAUCAAUGUUGAUGAUUGUCAACCAUAUUUCAUCAAACCAUUCGAUGUAAUAGAAAUUGAUGAAAAUGUUCCCAUUAUGUAUAAUGUACGACAUUUGAAUGCAAUCGAUUUGGAUAAUGAUCAAAAUUCAACCAUCAUUUAUCGAUUGAUUGAUAAUCCAUUCGAUAUGUUCAAGAUCGAUAAUGAUGAACUGAAAUUGGCCAAAACAAUGAUCAACAACAACAACAAUAAUAUUAUGAAAAACAACAAUACCGUUCCUGUAGAUACAAUGCAAAUGUUAAUCCAUAUCCAAGAUGUUAACGAUAAUAAACCCGUAUUCGAUCAAGAUAUUUAUGAAUUUCAAAUUCCGGAAAAUAUUUCCAUUUCACAAAAUUUCUAUAUUGGCCAGGUACAUGCUACGGACAAUGAUUCGGGUCGUAAUGCACAGAUUGUAUAUAGUAUUGUAAAUUCUUAUUAUAGUUCUUAUUUGGAAAUUGAUCCUAUCAAUGGUUAUCUGUGGACAACGGUCAAUUAUGAUCGUGAACAAUUACAACGUUUUGAAGUUAUUGUACAGGCUCAGGAUCAACCAAUUGAUGAAAAAUCCUAUCAAACACAAACACUGGUUCGAAUUGAAAUUCUUGAUAUUAAUGAUAAUCGACCUAAAUUUGAAGUGCCUGCAAAUGUUACCAUAACGCAUCAAAAUGAUGAUCAGGAUGUUUCAAUGUUUGGUGAAAUGUUGGUUAUCGAAACAGCUCAAAUUGGUACUAUUUUAACACAAUUUGAAGCUUUAGAUUUGGAUAUUGAUUCUAUAAUCAAUUAUCGAUUAGUAUCGAAUGAAUCUGAUAUGAUCAUUGCUACAAUCAACAAAACAACAGGUCUGUUAAUAUUAACAAAACAAUUGGAUCGUGAAACACGUGAUAAUUAUCAAUUAAUUAUCGAAGCAAGUGAUGGCCAUUUUGCAAGUCAAUUUUAUCUAAAAAUUCUGAUCGAAGAUUUUAAUGAUUGUCAACCAGAAUGGAUAAAUUUUUCGGAAAAUUUAUUAGAAUUAAAUGUUGCUGAAAAUAUAUCGAUUGGUGAAGAAAUCUAUCGAUUCGAAGCAAUCGAUCAUGAUCUAGGUUCAAAUCGAUUGUUUCAUUUUGCCAUUGAUAAUCAACAACAAUUUGGAAGGCAAAAAUAUUUUGAUAUACUCGGUGAUAAACUUGUUGUUAUUAAUCGAUUAGAUUAUGAAAAAAAUCAUCAACACUUACUUAAUGUAACAUUGAUUGAAACAACAUUGAAUCGUGUUGCAAGUUCAAGAUCAAUACGUAUUAACAUUGUCGACAUUAAUGAUUGUUUACCAACAUUCAUCCGACGAACUGAAACCGAAGUAAUACGCGUAAAAGAAAAUAUCGAUAUUGGUAGUAAAUUAUUAUCAUUACAAGCAUAUGAUUGUGAUCAAAAUGAUCAAUUACGAUUUGAAAUCGAUGCCUGUAAUACACAUUAUCAUACACAUCGUAAUAUUUAUCGGUUGGAUGAUGAUGAUGGUAAUUCGAAUGAUGAUAAUUUGAAUUCAAAUUCAAAUCAACAACAAGAAACACAACAUAAACAUGAUUCAAAUAAUUGUCCAUUGAAAUUGAAUAGUGAAACUGGUGAAAUAAUCAAUAUGAAUAAUCUGGAUCGUGAAGUAAUUGAAUCAAUAAAUUUACGAUUAUCUGUUCAUGAUAAUGUUGGCCAUUUGGAUCGUAUGAAAAUCAUAUUCAUUAUUGAUGAUGUUAAUGAUGAACAACCAAUGUUUAUAACACCGAACACAAUUGUUAUCGAUAAUAAUCAACAACAACCAAAUACUAUUGUUGGUUCAGUAAAAGCAAUCGAUUUGGAUCUAGGUGUAAAUAGUGCCAUUACCUAUAAAAUUGAAUAUUCAUCAUAUGGACAUUUGUUUGAUUUGGAUCCAUUUACUGGUGUUUUUCGAACCAAAACUACCAUAAUGCCGGCUAUUUUAACUGAUGCGAAACCAAUUCUUGUGAAUGUUAGUGCUACUGAUGGUGGUGGUUUGAAAACAUUUGAUCUUAUUGAAUUUAUUCCAAUCGAUUCAAAUCGACCAUGGUUAGAUGUAAUCGAUAUUCGAUUGGAUAUUAAUGAAAAUUUACCAUUAUCAACCGAAAUUCAUCGAUUAGAAUGUCAUCAUGAUCAUCGAUCAUCAUCAUCUGAUUGCCAUUUUUAUCUAAUCAAUGCAACUGAUCGUAAUUUUGAAGUAAACAAAAUAACCGGUAUAAUAACUGUUGUCGAUCUGAUUGAUCGUGAAAUGUUAGAUAAACGAUUAUUACAGAUAUUAGUUAUUGGACCCGAAAAUAGAUAUCUACAAAGACAAAAUAUUCAUAUUAACAUUUUGGAUCAAAAUGAUAAUCCGCCAUAUUUAACAAAUACAUCGAUUAUAAUCGAAAUAUCUGAAACAUUAUCACCCGGUUCGGAUAUAUUUGAUAUUUCAAAAAUGAUUGCCGAUGAAGAUCUAAAUAAUAAAUUUGAUUUUCAAAUUAUCAAUUGUUCUACCUGUUCAUCGAAUAGUAUUUUUGCAUUGAAUCGUAAAACCGGUAUAUUUACAUUACAGUCACCAUUGGAUUGUGAGAAAAUCGAUAAAUAUAGAAUUUUAUUCGGUGUUUCGGAUGGCAUUUAUCUUCUUACAUCAUUGAUCGAUAUUCACAUUAUUGAUGAAAAUGAUAAUCAACCCUUUUUCAAUCAAUCUGAAUAUAUAUUUGGUAUAAGGGAAAAUACCGAAAGAGGAACAAUUAUCGGUCAAAUACAAGCAUAUGAUGCAGAUAUAAGCAACAAGAAUCUAAUCUAUUCAAUUGUCGAUGAUAAUGAUGAUAAUGAUGAUGAUAGUCGAAUGAUAAAUGAUCUGGUAUCAUCAAUAUUUUCAUUAGAUUCACGUAGCGGACAAUUUACAUUAUUGAAAAAACUUGAUUAUGAAAAAGAUUCCGAUGAAUAUCGUUUAAAAAUUAUUGCUAGUGAUGGAAAAUUUCGUUCACAUCCAAUACGAGUAACAUUCAAAUUGAUAAAUCUUUCGGAUAAUCCACCUGUAUUCGAAUCCAACAUAUAUCGUAUUGAUAUUAUGGAAAAUAAAAUUGCCAACAAUAUUAUCUGUUUACAAGCAUUUGAUGCCGAUUUGGUUAACCAUCAACAACAAAACAUCUACGAUUCACUACUGAAUCAAACCAAUGAUGUUAUUAUGAAUAUAACAUAUUAUUUGAUCGAUAAUAAUGGUGAUAACAACAACAAUCGACAACAACAGCAACAACAGCAACAAAUACAAAUCGAUUAUCAAACCGGUUGUUUAUCGAUUAUUCGUCCAUUAGAUCAUGAAUCACAAUCAUCAAUCAAUCUAACAGCAAUUGCAUCAGAUGGUUAUUUAAAUACAACAGCAACACUCAUUAUUAAUAUUUUGGAUGAAAAUGAUAAUUAUCCAAUUUUUUCGGAUAAAAUAUCUCGAAAUAUUCGAAUGGCAGAAAACACACCAAUCGAUACAAUUGUUUAUACGUUUGAAGCAAAAGAUUCGGAUUCACCACCAAAUAGUUAUGUUCAAUAUGAAUUGAUUUCGGAAAACAAUGCAACAGAUUUACCAUUUAUAAUUGGUCCAAUUGAUGGUCAAUUGAAAAUAACAUCAUUGAUUGAUCGUGAGCAAAAUGAUCAUUUUGAUUUAAUUAUUCGUGCUACUGAUUAUGGUGGUCGUUCAACUGAUCAUCAUUGUCGCGUAGAUAUUGAUGAUCUCAAUGAUAAUUCACCCGUGUUUCGUCAACAUUCAUAUGACCUAAAUGUUUAUGAAAAUAUAACUAUUGGUCAUUCGGUUUUUCAACUUGAUGCACAAGAUCUUGAUCCAACUGAUGAAAUUAAUUAUAAAAUAAUUGCUGGUAAUUCAUUUGGUACAUUUCAAAUUGAUGAUGAUAAUUGUAUUAUUGUUGCAUUGGAUUUAAAUUUUGAAGAAAUCAAUGAAUAUAAUUUAAAAAUUAAUGCUAUUGAUCGUUCGGGUAAUAUUGAUACGGUUAAUAUUCGUAUAAACAUUGUGAAUGUAUUGGAUGAAAAACCAAUGUUCGAUCAGAAUCGUUAUGAAAUCAAUUGGUUUGAAAAUCAAUUGGGUGUUGUUGGUCAAUUUUCAGCACGUUCCUCAUCACAGGUUAAACAUGUUUCAAAUGAAAAUAAACAUCAUUUACGAUCAUUAUCAAUGAAUCAUAUUAAUUAUCUGCUUAUGAAUAAUUUUAAUGAUAGUUUUCAUCUAAAUUCAUCCAAUGCAAUACUAUCGAUUAUACGACCAAUCGAUCGUGAACAAUUACAAAUAGAACAACAACAACAAUCAAAUAUUAUUGAAUUGAAAUUAAUGGCUAUUGAUUCAUUAUCGAGACUGUCAAAUAUGGUUAAAAUCGUAAUCAAUAUUAUCGAUAUUAAUGAUAAUUUUCCAAGAUUUGUUAAUCCUUCAUCAUUACCAUCAUUAACGAAUGAAAUUUUUCAUCUUAAAGAAAAUUUUCAUUACGAUUCGAAUUUUUCAAUUGGUCAAAUUAAAGUUGAAGAUGCAGAUGAAUCGGAUAUUAUUGAAUAUCGAUUGAAUCCAACAUAUAACGGUAGAUUUUUAAUCGAUUCAAAUGGUUGGAUACGUUUACAACAAUCAUCAACAAUGUUUGAUCGUGAACAACAAUCCCGAUUUCCAAUGGAAAUUAUCGUUUCGGAUUCAAAACAUACGAUUCGAACAAACGUAUCGAUCGUUAUUGAUGAUCAAAAUGAUUGUUCACCACAAAUCACUAGAAUUAAUGGUAUGACAACAGUUGCCAAUUCUCCUGUGUUAAAAUUACAAAUUCCAACGAAAAAAUUAUCAUCAAUUUUCGAACAUAAUUUUCCGCUUGUCGGUCUUGAAAUAUUUGAUUGUGAUGAAGGAAUGAAUGGCCGUGUUCAGGUACGACUUGAUGAUGACAGUCUUUACAAUGUUUUUCACGUUGAUGAUCAAACUGGUGUAAUUAAAACCGAUAGUCGUAAUUUAAAUGAAGAAAUGUUGAUGCAAAUCAAUCAAAUUGAUCUGAUUUUGACUGAUCAAUCUGAUACAAAUCAAUUAAGUACAGAAUAUUCAAUUGAAUUUGAUUGGAUCAAUGAUAAUGAUCAUGAAUAUCGUGAAACGGAAUUGAUUCGUGGAAAAAAUUUCAUCGAAUUAUUUAUAUCCGAAACUAAUGUUUUAAAUCAAAAUCUUUAUCAAUUUGAAACAAAUAUUGAUUCCAUAUCGAUUGAAUUAUAUGCUGGUGAUUUAUAUAAUUAUUUUUCAAUUGUUAAUCGAUCAUUGAUCAAUACUAAACCAUUAGAUUAUGAAACAAUUAAAUCAUAUGAUCUUUAUCUACAAGCAUCAUCUACUACUAAUCAUCAAUAUCAAUUUAUAUUCAUACGAUUGAAUGUUGUUAAUGAAAAUGAUAAUCCACCAACAUUUAUUGAAUCAAUUUAUAAUGUAUCGAUACCGGAAGAAGAAGCAGAUAUUUUUGUUGCACAAGUUUGGGCAAAUGAUUUGGAUGCAUCAGAUACACAGAUAAAAUAUUCAAUCAUUGAUGAUGAUAAUAAUCAAUUACCAUUUCGAAUCGAUCCGAAUACUGGUCAUAUAUUUACAACAACGAAAAUUGAUCGUGAAUUAAUUGAUCAUUUUCGAUUGACAAUUGCAGCUACCGAUGAUGAUGGACUUAAAAGUACAGCAAUAGUUUUGAUAAACGUUGAAGAUAAAAAUGAUAAUCCACCACGUUUUACACAUUUAUUACGAACAAAUAUUAGUGAACAAACAUCGAUUGAAAGUUUUAUUAUUCAAGUACAAAGUCUGGAUAAAGAUUUGGGUAAUAAUUCCAAAGUAACUUAUAGUUUAUUAACUGAAACGGAAACAUUUCGUAUUGAUUCGUUUAAUGGAAACGUCUAUCUAAUCAAUCGAUUAGAUCGUGAACGGAAAGAACAAUAUUUUCUUACUGUUAGUGCUGAUGAUGGUAGUUGGAAAUCACAAACAACAGUUACUAUUUAUGUUUUGGAUGAAAAUGAUUGCCGUCCGGAAUUCGAACAACCAUCAUAUGAAUUUAAUGUUGUUUACGAUAGAUUUUCCAUCCAAAAUCGUACAAUCGGAAAAGUUCGAGCAAUUGAUCAGGAUAAAUCUUUGAAUGGAAUUGUUAGAUAUCGUUUGAAAGAAAGAUCAAAAUAUUUUUCAAUCAAUUCAAAAACUGGUGAAAUUAUUCAACGACAAUUACCAUCGAAACUAUAUGAACGUGAAAUGUCAUUUUUAAAUAAUCAUCAAUUAACAGUGAUUGCAAUGGAUUCUGGUCGUCGACCAAAUUCAAAUCAAGCAACUAUUUUGAUUCGUUAUUAUUCCGAAAGUCAAAAUAGUAUCGAUAAUGUUAUUCGAAUUCAGAUUCCUGUUGAUUUAAAAAAUGAAACAUUAUUGUUUACAUCGAAUGCAAUGAUUCGAUUAUUGAAUCAAUCGAAUAAUGAUCAAAAUAUUGUCCGAACUCAAUAUAAUCAACUUUUAUUUAAUGGUGAAUCGAUUGUUCAAAACAACAAUGUUUAUCCGAUUCGUAUUGAUAACAAUUAUGAAAUAUUUACGGUAAAUUUAUCGAUAAUUAAUCAAAAUCAAUUUGCACCAAUUUUUACGAAACCAUCUUUGGAAACGAAUUCAUCGAUAACAAUUUCGGAACGUUUUGUUCAAUCAAAUCAACAAUUAUUGAUCUAUCGAUUUGAAGCUCAAGAUGCAGAUUUACCAAUCGAUUCAUUGAAUAGCCAGAUUCGUUUUUCAUUCACUGUAAACAAAUUAUAUUGGAAUAAAAACCUAGAUGAUUAUCUGGCAAUCAGCUAUAAAGAUUCAUUGGGAAAUUUAUUCAAAAAGAAUCUUAGUUCUUAUGAAUUAAUUGAUCAUAUUGAUGAAUUAGCCGGUAUAAAAAUGCCAUUUACAAUGAAUGAAACAACAGGUGAAUUGAAACUUCGUAAUAAUUUAGAUUAUGAAAUUAUUACCGGUUAUUCAUUGAUGAUUACCGCUCAAGAUUGUGCAUGGUAUUCAAAACAAACAACAAUACCGUUUAAUGUAUGGAUCGAAGAUAUUGAAGAUUUUAUUGGUUACAAUUUAAUUGAUUCGGAUAAACUAUAUCAUGCAUCAUCAAUGAAAACUGAUCCAAUGUCAAUUGGUGUUAUGGUUGUUAUAUUCUUUUUUGUCAUAUUAAUUUUGGUAAUAUCGACAAGCUUUCUUGUUUAUCAUAAUCAACGAAAACGACUUUUAUCUGAAACAAGAAAAAUUUCCAAUCUAAAUAUUAAUGGUGGUUGUAAUUCUACGCUAAGAUCUCCUUAUGAUAUUCAUUGUCAAUUUUCGAAUGAUAUGGUACAACGAUUACAACAACAACAACAACAAGCUCAACAACAACAAGAAAUAAUCAACAGUAUUGCGGCAGCCGCUGUUACAAAUCAACAUCGAUCACAACAACAACCGACAAUAUCAGCAUCAACGCAACAUGUCCGUUUGAAUUCAAAUUUAUCUCAAGUAUCAUCAUUAUCGCAAGUAACAUCACAGCAACAACAACAACAACAUUGUAUUUCUUCGCCGCAAUCGACUAAUAAUAAUCAGAUUAUGAAUCAAACUAGAAAUUCAAUCCGUAAAACUACGCAACAACAACGUUUACCUGUCAAUCAAUUAUCAUCAUCAUCGACGACGACAUCACGUAUGCCAAUAAAACCGGAUAUUGUAGUAGCGCAAUCACCACCUACGUUACCACCGCCAUUGCCACCAUCGUCGAUAAUAAAUUCGAAUCCAAAUGUUCAUCAUCAGUUGGUGAAUUCACCACCACCAACGAUAGUAUCAUCAAUUUAUACACAUUCAAAUUCGGAAAACUAUACUGAUAAUUAUAGUAAUAUUUUGGCCAGUGCCGAACAUUAUGAUCUAGAAAAUGCAUCAUCAAUUGCACCAUCCGAUAUUGAUAUUGUUUAUCAUUAUAAAGGAUAUCGAAAUCGUGAUCGUAUUAAUAUGCAUCAUUUGAAUAGUCAAACAUCGAAAGGACAUCCGCAUCAUCAUCAUCAUCAUGCACCAUUAUCACGAUUAAGUCCUAGCGUUAGCGAAUUAUCAUCAGCACAUCCACAUAUUUUAACAUUACAGGAUUUACGUGAAUCUCAAACAAACGCAGGAAAUUCUUUAGCUUCGUUACCGCUACCACCACCACCACAAUUACCGAUAAUGAAUCAUCGAAUACCACCACCACCACAGCCACCUUUGCCACCAACGCAAUCAUCACAAUCCAUUAAUAAUAAACAGCCAACAAUGAUUGAUGAUGAAUUGGAAAAUAAUAAUUCCUAUGGUGCUUAUUCUGUAUAUACGGGCGUUGGUGGUGGUAAUUCAACCGGUGGUGGUUGGUAACCAACGUAAUUCUAGUCAUUUUCGUUAUUGUAAAUUUUUCUACAGCCGAUGCAUGUAAAUAUUAUUUUGAAAAAUAACUUCGAAAAAAAAAUUCCAGAAAGAGCU